UCCCGCCACUCGCCGUUUCCCCUUCCGAGCAUUCGCACGAGUACGACCGCGGCGGGAUCGCGCGAUACCGGCACCGACAGGAAAGGACCUGGACACAACGAAUUUUCCAGAGGACGAGUCACUUCCGCAGCCCCGUUCAACGGUUCAGCGAGUGUUCCCGAACUCCUGGUGUCGUUCAAGUGAUGUAGUCAAAUCUUUCGAGUCACCGCAGUAAAAUCACUUCUCUCUCAUUGUCUCUCGUCGCGCGCCGGUUACUGGGCAGAGAGAGUUUUUAGCCCGUAGUUGUGUGCACUUUUGUUAACGUUUCGAUAAAUUAACGUUGUGAACAUUCGUGUGACGAAAAAACACUGGUGCGAGGACUGUGAGGCGACCAAGACAAAAGAACGCGCGAGUACCGAAGAAGUGAGUUGUGGUGAACCCACACUGAAGCCGCAAGUGAUCCAGUGUAGCUGACUCGAUUGUCGACGAAAGGUGACACAAUGAGUCGAAAAACAAUAGAAGAUGAUAUAUUAAGCAAUUUAAACAAGUUCUUCGGAUAUAAGAGUUUGCGACCUGGUCAGCUAGCUAUCGUCACACAAAUCUUGCAAAAGAAUGACGUGCUGAUUUGCAAAGAAAAAGGUUAUGGCAAAUCUCUGUGUUUUCAGUUAGCUGGGCUUAUACAAGAUGGCGUGACGAUUAUUAUUUCUCCGCUGCUAUCGAGUGCCGAGGAAGAGUGUGAUAAGUUAGCAGCAUUCACAAGAAUCAAAUGCGCAUAUUUGCAUACAGACAAUCAUCAAGAUCAAGAACAAGAUUUGAGAAAUGUUUUGAUAAAAAAGAACAAAGUACUAGAGGAUUUGCGUAAUCCUCGUAGUUCGGAAUUGAAAUUCCUGUAUGUAACGAUCGAUUACAUUUUAAAUUCGUCCAAGCUAAAGCAUAUUUUGAUAGACCUUUACAAAGAAAAUUUGUUAAAUGCCGUCGUCGUAGACGAGGUGCACUGUGUGACUCAAUGGAUUUAUUCAUUCAAGAGUGACUAUUCAACUUUUGGUUUUUUACGAGACUUAUUUUUCAACGUUCCUUUUUUGUUCUGCAGUGGACCUAUCACUAAGCAAACUUUAGCGCUGAUUCAAACGAUACUGCAUCUGAGGAAUCCUUAUAUCUUCAAUGAUCCCUCAGUUAGAUACAACUUGUCGUACAAAGUAAUGUACAAAGGGAAUAAUUUUCCCACUGAGAAAUUGAUCGACUAUGUAAAGAAUGCGUACACUGGCAAAACUGGAUUUAUGUACUGUCAGAAUAAAGAGAGUUGUCUGGCAUUGUCGAAAAAAUUGCGAGAAAAUGGCGUUGAAAAUUUCUAUUACCACUCUGCAAUUUCAGACAAAGACAAAGCUGCUUUACAUUCUAUGGUCAUUUCUGGGAUAGUUGUUGUGUGCGUUUCCGGUGCUGACGUGGACAUCAGCCUACAAAAAGUUGACUAUGUCGUACACACGGUUAUCCCCAAUUGUCUGGAAGUCUACUUUCAGGAGGCCGGUAAGGCAGGCAAAAAUACAGAAUAUGGCGACUGCGUCAUGUUUUACAGUAUGGAUGAUUGCGAUUUGGAUCUCAGAUCCUCCGUAAAUUACUACAUGGAAUCAAUGAAACUCGCUAACGCAGAAAAGAAAGAGCAAUUGGGCUGCCAAUUAAAAGAUUACAGACGUAAAAUUAACGAAGUAGUCGUGUAUGCGGAGAACACUUCCAUUUGUCGUCAAGUCUUUUUAUUAAAGUAUUUUAAUGAUGAGAGUGUGGAAAUACCUUGUGGAAUUUGCGACGUGUGCAUAGUUAUGAAGGACGGAUUUGUCAUUGACAUGUCUCACGUUUUGAGAAAGAUUUUAAUGUGUGCAUGGUCUAUUAAUCGACAUCAAAAGUCUAUAGCAGAAUGUGAUCUGUUUUUUACUGCUACAGUACCAAAUAUUAUUGCUGCAUUAUUGGGAACAGUCAAAAUGCGACAUUGUGACUUGUGGUUGGUAAAAGAAUGGUUUUAUGGAUCGUUUGCAUCGUGGGAUGCUCAAGUUUUGCACAGGUUUCUGUAUGUACUCAUUAGUCACAGAUAUUUGGCUGUUAAUCACGUAUUCAACGAAAACUUUGAAGCAUUUGAAAAUUUGAUCAUCACACCCGAAGGCCAAGAAUUUGUAAAAUCGAAUAACGAGUUGACCUUAACAUUCUCCCUCAAAGAUACAUCUUUUACCAAAUGGCUGAAUAUAGAUUGGAUCGCAGAUCAAUAUAAGAAAGAUUUAGACGGAGUCGUGUUAUACCACGCUUUGCACAGUAACCUGCAACGCGUCGCAGAAUGGCAUGGUCCAUACGUUACGCAUUUGUUUCAUACGGUACCAGGAACGUGGGAUGAAUUUAAGGAAAUAAAGAUGAAUUACAUGAAAAAUGAAAAAAAUAACUUUGACGAAGACUUGUUUACCGUUUGCUUAAUAUAUUAUCAGAUUUUUAGAAAACUAAAAAAUGGAAAUGAUGGGUCAGUCGAGCAACAGCAGCAACCUCAAGUCACAUAUUGUUCAGACGUACGUGUCAAAGUCUCUAGAAGGCUUUAAAGAUGAGGAUCCCACUUACGAGCUAUUAUUAGUCACUAGAUUCGCCAACAUGAAGAAGUUAACGACACCAGCCUUAACAAUCGGUCUGAACAUAACAAACUCAAUGGCCAUCAAUCCCCCGCCUCCUAGCGUUCCGCAUUUAAUUUUACCGCAGUAUGACGAGCCACUGAGCAAGCAGCUAACGGAUGCGAAAAAUCUACAAUCGCGCGAGUUUCCCUCGUCGUCAAUCGAUCUAAGGGAAGGCGAUAUUUCUGAGUCGCGUAGCUUUAGUGGCAUGUCAGAGACAAACGCUGUUAUUAAGCUUCACAACUAUAGCAAAAUGAGCGAAAAUAAUAAUUAUAGCAGAUUUGAUUCUAACAAGCCUAAGGGAAUCGUUGUCGGUGUUAAAAGAAAGCCGUAUGAUGAAAAGCCAGAAUCCUCGAAGAUCACAGACUGUCAAAAGCUUACGUACGAAUCUGGAUGGGAUCGUACUGAUAAUGAUUAUAAAGCUUUUGUACGUAAAAAGAGAAUUAAUCCCGUUUAUGAUUAAGGUGUAUAUCAAUGUAUAUUUCUUUACUAUAUAAGCUUUUUAUAUCUCAUAGAGAUUCUUUUGUUUCUACUACACUGAAAAAAAAACACAGUCGUUUCUGACACGGUAGUUUUAACCGUAACGACUGUUCAGUAAGAACAACGUAUGUUGAAUUCGUAUGCAAAUAACAGAGUUAAUUACGAUUAUUAUUAAGAUGUAUAUUUUUGGACGAGGUAGUAUUUUUAUUUCAUAAAGCUUCUUUCAUUCUAAACUAUAUUUGUAAAGUAGUUUUUUAAGUUCUUUGAAUGACGAGUAAAUUCUUGAUUAAGAUAUUCCAAAUGAAACUCGAUCGAGUUCACGCACCAUAUCGUGCAAAUGAUAAAGACGAACGUUUUUGUUUUGAAAUCUUCUAUAUUGUUGAUAAUAAAGAGCGAAGCAUAGCUCAAUGAAAUUAA